AUGUUCCUGGCUUCCAUGGGACGACUCAAGCACAAACGAACACGGAAUACCAUUGCUGCAGAAGAAACCCCGCGUUCGUCCUGCCCUUCUGAGGCUGGUCCGAAAGCAGCGCCGGCGGCAGAAUCAGGGAUUCCCAACUGCACCGAAGAACACCAGACCAUCAGUGGCCACAACACUGAAAAAGAAGCCGUUGUAAUGGGCGCCUCGGCCCCGCUUCCACAUGCAGGGACCCGCGGUGCUACGGCCGCGGGAAGAGCUUCAGAUUGGCCUGGCGACAACCCAGGCGUGAAGCACGUGAGCAGCGGCAAAGCUGUGGGAGACCGUACGGGCUUGCGCACCCCGGCAUGGUCACCUCCACGGCCGUUGUCACCUUCUGCUAGGCGCCACGACCAAGACGCUGACUCCCAUCCCAGAAACCACGGUAUUGCCAACGGUGAUGACGAUCUUUUGCCAGCGAAGGACCUCGCUGAAGGAAACCUUGGCGCAAGGGCAGCGUCCUCGGGUAAGUUGGGUUGUCCGUCGCCCACAGCUCGGCAGCACCGAUGCGGCCGCCCUCGGUCUGCUUGCACAAGGGGACACCAACCUCGCUCACUCGGAGUCGUAAUGCUCAGCUCCGGAAACCCCGAUACCAGCACCGAGUGGGCCGAAACGGUGGGAGAUGUUCCGCUUCAAGUUGGUCCAACUAUCACAGCACCCCGGGCCAAGGACGUAGCGCACCGUGGUGUAGCAUCACCGUUCGCCUUACUGCCUCCUCGUCCAGCAUCUGCGAGAGUCCUGGAGCAAGGGGCGAGAGCAAGAAAUGCGCGGCAAGGUGUGAAUAGCAGCUCGGCCACCAUUGCGCGUCGAGGUGUCCACAGUCGUGGGCUUGACCGUGGUACCAGGCGUCCUUGCGGUGACGGUGGAGCUUCUCCUGGACGUAGCCCCGAUGGGAAGGACGAUCCAGCAUGGCGUGACACAGCAAACGCCUGUUACUCUACGGAACGAGGGUCAUUCACCGCAAGCGUCUUGAAUAGCGCGCGCGCCUUGCCUGAGUACGACCUUCGACCCAAAGGCGACGGCUCCUUCACCGUGCGGACAAAGGGCGACCAAAGACCCAAAAGCGCUAACGCUGCUGCCGCCUCCGUCAACGCAGCCGCUGGUGCCAAGUUUUCCAGUGCGGAAGACGUUGCAGCGGAGACUCGACUCAUGCCCGUCGGCGUUAUCCACCGGGCCUUCAAGGGUCGUCGCUUGGCGGCGGUGCAGGCAUGGGACCCGCUUGCCGCAGCCGCUGUCCGUGCCGAAAGGGCCGAGAAGAUGCUUCGACGGGCCUUCCUGGGAAGAACUGGGACCAACAGUAGAGAAAUGCCGGCCGCAGCUCCUGCUCGCCGUCGGCCGCGCAAAGCACCAGGGACCAAGGGAGCAGCGACAACUACAACAGAAAACAAUGUUGGCGGGGGCGCCAGCGACCGGGGAGGUGGAGUAGGAGGGUCAAGAAAGUGCUCCUCUGCACGAAGAGCCGGUGGGCCGGCCGAACGGACUAUUGGAAGGGGAGGGAGCGAGGGCGACAGCAAGAGCCAUGCCGAUUGGUGCGGUUCCCGUGGUUUGAGAAGGGACGCCAGAAGGUGA